GAAAUUAAAAUUAAGAAAUGUUUAGUCUGGGCACAUGACACAGCACAUGACGGAAACAAAACACAACAAAAUACGAUUUUGUGUCUUCAGAAUAGAACUUUUCUUAUGGGUAGUUGUUGGAGUGGCUUUUUAGCCGAGCUACAAAACAUUCGACGUCCACUUGAUUAUAUUGGAAGAAGUCAUCAAGCGAGAUCGGCAAGAUAUAAUGUUCGAGAUAGAGGUGAUGGAAUUGAGUUUGACAGUUUGCUGAGUGAGGAUGAAUAUGAAAUUCAGACAAAACCAAGGCAGAAAGUGAUAACAGACGAGGAAGCGACGUUCAUCAACCAGAAGAGAUAUGGUGAUCUUGCACAGAAACAAAAGACAGUCAAUGAACAAAUUGAUCGGAAGUUGCAAAAACACGAAGAAGAUUUAAGACAACAAGAGGAGGAAUUCUAUGCAGCCAAACGCGAAGCCGCCCGAGUGGCACGACAAGAAAAGGCUAAAAAUGAAAAAGGAGACCGUGAUAAUAAAACAGAAGAAAAUUCAAAGAGGAUCCUUGACGACUCAGCGUUUGCAUCGUGGUUGUCUGAUGAGGAUGAUGAAAUUGACGACCAUGAUCUUGACACGCAAGAAUUUGAAGAGUUUUUACAAAAAGUGAGACAAACUACAUACCCCGGAGGCCCUGCUGAUACAGAAGGUGGCGAAAGUAGUAAACCUUCGUCUAAUGCAGUGUUCGAAGAAUCACUUCAAGAUGACGUCCAAGCGACUAAACUUGCUGAACGAUCAUUGGACGCUUUAGAUAGAUGGUCGCCAACGUUUGAUGACGACUAGAUGAGAAAGGUCGUAAAAAUUCGUCAUGUUAUUUGUCUGAAGUCCGGGUAGAAGAAUUAGAAUUGAUAACUAUAUAGACCAGAAUUUAUUUCAUGUUCAAAUACAACAGCCUCGGUUUUGUCUUCAGUUUUCAUGCAGCGUGAAGGCGAGAAUAAGACUUAGCUACAACCUCGCACAAAACUUAAAAAGACCUCACACAUCAAAACCCGAUUAAAUGGCUUUAAAAGAUACGAUGGACCUAAUUUGUGGAAUACCUUGGACAUUAAACGUUUCCAUUCGCCGAUAUGCUAUAUGUAACCAUAGUGCCGCCCAAUUUUUUUUCAAAAUUUUCUAAGAACGUAUAAUCUUUGUAAGAUUGAAUUAACCACUUGCACUCUUGCAGUUUCAACAAUAAUUUUUUACCAUGCAAUGAUUAAUUUGCUCGAUAGAUUUUGUUAGAUCUUAUACCCACGAACUUGUUGUAUCGUUGAACUUUUGUCGACCGUGCAUGUUUAUACAAAAAAUGAGUAUUCAUAGAUCCAUAGAAAACGAGGCUUUAGUACGAAUCAAAAGUGAUAACGCAAAUAAUUAAAAGGUUUAUUGCAAUAAAAAAGCCCGUCUUCACCUAUCUACGGACGCUUUCCUUUAUGCGGUAAAAACGGCCAGACCGAUCCUGUUGUAUUUCUGUACAGACAUAUUACUGAUAUUUUAGAAUGUUUCAAGAACUCUGCAUUCAAGUAUAUCGUUAUUUACAUCUACAUUUACGUCGAAUUUUUCAUGUGCCGAAUCGAAUACAAAUAAACGAAAACAAAGACUUUUCCUCAUCAACAGUAUGAUUAGGUUCAGCACAUUGAAAGUUCGACGGGUGAAAUGGAGCCGAGAGUAUUUAUACAGUGGCCCAUUACCAUGAAGGCUAACUUCCUCUAGUGGGAAUGAGAGUGGGAAACGAAAGUAUUAUUUCAUAGUUCGGUCUCAUGCAGUCUCAUGAUGACAAUAUUGACAAGGUUAAUUAACAAUGAAAUGAAAUUGUAAAGUGAUUUAUUUUAAAUAACCGACAUCAUCAGAGAAAUUGAAGAUGUUGUAUAUUUAUUUCAAGGUUAUAAAUAAAUGA